AUGCCCUCGAAACCGACGAAAAAUUUUGUGAAAUGUCAAGCCAAAUCAUCCUACGUCAACGAUCUUCCCGUGAAGCAGCAUCGGCCGGGACUUUACAACCGCCAUCACCCUCAGGAAUGCGACCUUAUGCUGCGCUGGAGACCGAUUCAUUUGCAGCGGGACGAUCCGUACGAGGGCAAGAAGGUGGUGCGCAUCACCAACAAGGACAACAUUCGUAAUCUGCUCAUCCCGAGCACGGAACACUCGGUGUAUCCGUCGUUCUGGUCGAAGGAAGACUAUGACCGCAUGCAGGACAAAGCGAAGCUGAAGACGCUCGAAGAUCGGCUGGCGCAGUUUAAGGCGAAUGAAAUCGAGAAGAAGAAAAUGCUCGAAGAGUCGGAACGGCGCAAAAAGCGAUUGCAGGGAAUCGACCGCGAACGGCAGCACAAGGGUGGCAAGGUGGGCAACGUGCUCGAGGAUGGAAGCGGUGACCGUGAUUCCGAUACGAGCCCGCGGAAAAUCAUAGACCGGGCGUUUGUGGCCAAGCAAGAGCAGGAGGAGGAAGUGAAGCGCGCCAAUCGCAUCAUCCUGGCCGCCAAGUGUCACAUAAUCCGCGAUGCCCAAAUUGCGGAGAAGCAAGAAAUCGAACGGGAACUGCGCACGGAGGAACUCCGGCUGGAGAAGAUGAUGCUCCAGGAGAACGAAAAGGCCCUCAAGGAGGAGGAGAAAAAGCGGGAAGUCAACAAGGUGCUGACCACCCAACAUUCGGAGGAAAUUCGUAAUCAGUUGCUGGACCGGGACAAGAUGCGCCUCAAGGAAGCGGAGCGUAUCGAGGAAGAGGCCCGGGUUCUCAAGCAGGCCCAGAUGGCGAUCGCCGAGGAGGAAAAGCGCAAGGAAAGGGAGCGUCACGAUCGCGUCGGUGAAGUGCGCGAAGGCCUGAAGAAAGCCUACGAACUGUCCGCUUACUACAAGCAGGUUGAGUUCGAAGAACAGCGAAUCGCGGAACUUAAAAUCCAGGAGUACAUGCGCCAGCGCAUGGAACGGCAGAAGCAGCUGGAGUUUGAGCGCAAAAUUGCCGCAGAAGUGCGCGAAAAGGAACACGAUCGUAUGCUCAAAAUCCAGCAGAAACUGCUCGACACUAAAUCGGAGAAAAAUGAUAUGGAUCUGCGGCGCGGCCAGGAGCACAUCGAACGUGAGUUUCGUCGUCGCGAGAAGGAAGCUGCGAUCAAGAAAAAGGAACUCGAACAGCAGCUGGCCGUAGCUCGUGCGGCCCAACUGGAAGCGGUGAAAACCGAACGGGCCAUGCAGCUGGCCCGCGACGAGCUCGAGCAUAAGAAGGCCAUAGAAAAGCUCAAGGAAGAAGAGGCCAAGGAAAUGCAGCAAAAGCGCAAACAACUGAAACUGCGCGAACGCUACAGGGAGGAAAUCAUCCAACAGAUGACCCUCAAGGAUCAGGAACGGCGCGAGAAGGAACGAAUCGCGCGCAACGAACAAGCCGCCGUUCUGGAGGCCGAAAAGAAGCGCGAUAAAAAUAUCAAAACCAUCAUUUCCAACAAAAUCAAGAUGAUGAAAGAAAGCCAAGUCCCGGAACGGUUCAUUAAGGACGUCGAGCGCCAGCUUAACUUGGGCAAAUAA